UUGAUUGGAGGACAUCUUUGUAGAAUUCUGUUGUUGCUACGUUCUGACAAGUGGUCUAUUUAUCUCUAACUUUAUAAAAUACCGACUUUUAAUUAACUAUGUUAUGAUAAAAUAAUCUUUUAAUAAAUCAUGGAGUUCAGUGAAGAACCUUUUGAUAAUCUAUUUGAAGUUUUUGAAGAAUUGGGAAAAGGGCAUUUUGCGACGGUGAAGCGAUGUGUACGUCGCAGCGAUGGAGCCGCUUUCGCCGCCAAAACGCUGAAGAAGCGGCGCGUGUGUCGCGGAGUGGCCGCCGAAGACAUACGUCGCGAGGCGCAUGCGCUCGCUAAGCUCAGUCAUGUCAACAUAAUCACACUACAUGCUGUAUACGACACUGGCCAGUCGGUUGUGCUCUUGCUCGAACUGGUGACAGGAGGAGAACUUUUCGAUUAUUUAGGAGAUGAAGGCCGUUUAGAGGAGAAAAGGUCUGUUCACAUAGUGCGUCAGAUAUUGGAGGCAGUACAACAUAUGCACAACAUACAUUUGGCACAUCUUGAUCUAAAGCCUGAGAACGUGCUGGUGGUAUCACGACUGGAAUGGCUGCCGCACAUCAAAGUGAUUGACUUUGGUCUGAGCCAAUGGCUGGAUGAGACAGGGGCGGAUGUGAAGACUGUGUUUGGCACCCCUGAGUUUGUGGCGCCCGAGGUCGUCAAUUAUGACAGCUUAUCGCUAGCUACUGACAUGUGGUCCAUCGGUGUUAUCACUUAUAUUUUGUUAAGUGGAGCAUCGCCUUUCUUGGGUGAAACAAAACAGGAGACUUAUUCAAAUGUGGUGAACGGCACGUUUUCAUUUGACAGGGAGUAUUUUGAUUCAAUCAGCGAAGAUGCCAAAGAUUUCAUUUGUCGACUGCUCGUUAAGGAUCCAAGAGGACGGGACUCUGUUGAAGGUAGCUUGAAGCAUGCGUGGAUCACAAAAAAUACAUCUGAUAUACCUACAAAUACACUAAACUCAGAAGACUUUGGAAUUGGCAGUUCUUCUCCUCUCCCUCCUUUAACCAUUCCUCCUCCUUCACCUAUCCCUCCUCCUACAUCAUCUUCUCCAAAAUCUAGUUCUCCUCUUCUCACAUCGACUCCUCCUGCUCCUCAUCCUCAAUCUUCUUCUUCUCCUCCUCCUCAAUCUCAUUCUCCUCCUGCAAUAACUUUUCCUCUUCCUAAAUCCUUUCCUCCUCCUUCUUCUUUUGCACCACCUUCUCCUCCUCCUCCCCACACAUAUUCGCCUUCUCCUCCUCUUUCCAUCACUCCGUCUACGCCACCACCAAUGAAGCAGUCUUCACUUUUGGAAGCGGUUGCAGCCGCAGACCUCUCAACUGUCGAAACACUUCUGGCCGCAACCGCAGACGACUGCGACCAACCGCAUCGGCUUGCUGCAGCUCUGGCACUGGCGAGCGAAGCGGGCCUGACCGAUAUAGUGCGCCUGCUCAUCAGUGCCGGCGCCUGUUUGGGUGGUUCGGACGACACGCAGAUGGAAGGCGAAACGCCACUCAUGUGUGCGUCGAGGGCUGGAUAUGCUGAAGUGGUCAAGAUACUGAUAGAGGCCGGAGCCUGCUUGUCUACUCAGAAUAAGGACGGAGACACAGCCCUCCAUCUAGCCUCAGCCUAUGGUUGGGUGGAUUGCGCAUGCGCUCUAGUCGAACAGGGCUCGGCCUCUCCUGAUUGGCUGAACGGAGCCACACUAGCCACGCCCCUUCACCUGGCUCUGGCCAAUAGGCACUCGGAUGUUGCCUGCUACCUCCUCAAUAGGGCUGCGGCUGACUACGAACUAGAGGAUGGCAUGGGGGAAAGAGCUCUACACCUUGCCUGCAGAGAGGGUCUUCAAGAGGUGGUGGAGAUACUCUGUCUCUCUCUGAUGUGUUCGACCGACAUUCCUAAUCGGCAAGGACUAUAUCCACUGCAUAUAGCAGCCAGACAUGGUCAUACUGAUAUUGUCAGGAUAUUGUGUUUGGCCGGCUGUAAUACAGAACAGAAGAAUGCUGAUGGAAUCAAAGCUGAGAUAACCGCCAUCAAGCAUGGCCACAAUGACAUUAGUCAACUCUUAACCAAGGUUAAAAAUGCUAGUACAAGGGAUGCCUAUAUCAAGCAAUUAACAGGAGGCCGUCAGAAGGAGCCCUUACCUAGGAUCAAUAUCCAGCUGUUUGGUCAUUCCAGAGUAGGAAAAUCGACUCUGGUUGAUUCACUCAAAGCCGGCUAUUUCACCAGUUUCUUCAGGAGACACCCCACCGUUCUAUCUAGAUCCACUCCAAAUUCGCCCAACAAGAUGCACAUGGAAAUGUACUACACGUCAGGUCAGAGUUCGCCCAACAUUGAGACAUUCAACUAUCACUACACCAGGGGAGUCGACGUACAACAGGUAAGCCUAGGUGGCACAGUGGGAGACGUGACUCUAUGGGACUUCUCAGGACAGGACACCUAUCUGGGCGUAUACCACCAUUUGGUGGCUCCUCCUCCUGCUCUGCUGCUAUUGGUUGUCAGCCUGCUGCAGCCGACGCCUACUCAGCUCAGCCACGCCCACUUCUGGCUCACUUUCCUGCAGGCUAGGAUACCGCCACACGAGCCUUUCGGGCCUUGUGGUAAAACGGCCAACACAGCAUAUGUGAUAGUGGUCUGCACGCAUGCUGAUUUGGCGGGAACCUCACGGAAUGCUCAUGGAGAGUAUCACAGUCUGCAGGCAGAUAACCUAGUGAAGUAUCUUUCUGAGAAGUUUCGACCAACUUUUGACAUACAUCCUCAUCCUGUGGUACUAGAUGCUUGCGCGGCUAAUUCUCCCGGCAUAAAACAACUAAAAUCCUCUAUUGGUUCUAUACGAGCAAAACUUACACAGGUGACCCCACCAAUGACGGGCCUAUGUGAAGCCACCCUGACUUGGAUGACGUCACUGCGCCGGUCCAGUGCCAACUUUCCCGUUGUCAGUUAUGCUGCGUUUGCAGAUAUGGUGCGCUCGCAAGUCAAUCCAUUGGCACACUCUGGCCAUAUUGGCCAGCUCAUCAAUCAACUCAUGCAUAUGGGAGAGAUAGUAUUUGUGCGUUCGAGCCUGCACCCGCAUCUGGUGGUGCUGCAGCCGUCCUGGUUGUGUGGUGAGGUGUUGGGUCAGCUGUUGUCCAUCGACUUUGUGGCGCAAGCGCGUAUCACCGGUUGUUACUCCACACACGACUUCCAGGCUGCAUUCCCACCGUUGCACUGCGAUGCAUUGGCUAUGCUGCAAUUGCUGGAAACGCUGCAUCUAUGCGUGCAGUGUGAAGUGGACGGCGAAAUAGAGUUCGAGUUUCCGUGUUACAAUCUGGUCGAAACGGAUUAUGACAUGCUGUGGCAAGAAGGGGUGCUCGGAGAGGGUGCUUGCUACGGAGGGGUGCGUCUCUACCACGGCUAUCGGCACUCGGGGACCAUGGAUUUGUUGCAAUCCAUCUUCACUUGCGUUCAGGUGGAACUUCGCAGCUGUGAUGCGGAGAGUGAUCUGUUCCAAUGGUUCAGAGGGAGCAAACUGGUGUCAGGUCUGUUGGAAGCCAUGGUGACGCUGGAGCAAGACAGCGGUGUCGACUGCAUUGAGGUGAAAGUGAGAGGGCCUGCCAACUCGCAGCCUCUCUGUUUCUUUCUCUUGGAAGAGUUGCUCACUGUCAUCGAUCAGGUGCUUCUAGAAAUGUCGCCGGGCCUGUGCAUGGAGAAGCACGUGUUGAGCUGUGUGGACUUGCGCACUCAUUCAAUGCCCUACUAUGUGUACCCCCCCACCGCCCUGAUGCGCGCCCUCCUGUCGCCGCAGGGCAUCAACAGUCAACUGAACAACGCUCUGCUCCCCAACACAACUGAGACAUUGAGGCAGCUCAUCGCCUUUGACGACCCUGAGGUUGAACGUGUUCUGCAGCUAGCCGACAAACUGCCUGUCUCAGUGCUCAGCUCGGUGUCUCGUCAAUCCCUGGCCGCCAUCUUGGAUCCGCCGAAUCCGAUGGGCGCAGACUGGUGUCUGCUGGCUCUGAAUUCGCGGCUGGGCUCCCAUCUGCCGCAACUAGAGGCGCAGGCCACCACACUCAGUCCCACUGCUGCUCUCUUGGAUGUUAUGGGUGCUCAGGGAUGUAGUAUUGGCUAUCUGAUCAAUAAACUGGAGGAAUUAGGUAGAGAAGAUGCAGCCAAUGUUCUACUAAGUUCGGCACCUUUAUACAGGGUCAGUCAGGAUGCACUGUACAUCGAAGGAGAAGGGAGAGGUGAAGCAGUAGGUGGAGGAGAAGGACGAAGAAGAGGAUCAGACACAUCGCCUUGUGCCAGCGAAUCACGAAACGUCUCCAGAUGAUUGACGUGUGUCGACUGGUCAAAUAUCGAUACUUGGGGAACUAUUGAUAUUGAUAAUAUAUCGAUAGUAUAAAUAUAAUAUUAUUGGUGAGAUCGAUGUUUGAAAAAAAUCGAAGUUUCAUAUAUUGUGUGAAGGUUAUUCUUAUUGAUGGACAAGAGAAAAUGUACUGCUGUUGAUUUUUCAAGUAUCGACUAAACAGGUAUCAUCUAUACUGGGUGAAGUAGCCUACGGGGAGAUCGAUAAUUGGUGUAUUAUCGAUAUUGAAAUAUAAAAGUUAGUGUCGGUUGUACAAAAUCUGAUUAAAUUUUUAUCGUGAUUAAUAACACACGAGAACCAAUCAGAGAAGCCGUAUUUUCAAAAGUGUCUUCUCAGAUUGGUUCUCGUGUAAUUAAUCACUAUUAAAAUUUAAUCAUCUUUUGUGCAACGGGCACAUAGAGAAUUAACGAGAGCAGGAUAUUGAUUGGUGAGAUAUCGAUGUUUCCUAAAAUAUCGAAGUUUUAUGUGUCUUGUGUGGAGGUAAUUUGCUUGAUGUCGCAUCUACAUACAUGUUGGCCCAGUCGCUGGCCCAGCCUGCAAUGUCACCAGUGGACAAUGAAGGCCAGCGCUGGCAAACCACCCAUCCACGCACUGGCGCUGGUCGACAUUGGGCUAACAUGCAGAUGCGGCAUAAGACAACUUCGGUUGUGUCCGUUUUAACCAGUGUCGAGUGCAUUGGAAAACAUGAUUUCUAUGGAAAUAGCUACUAUUGAUAUACUUGCAGUGCAUGCGUGUAAUGCGUAACCAUGUUCAAAUGUGUUGACCGAGCUUGUUGAAACCGGGCAUCUAUGUUACAAGUAUCAACUGGCCAGUUAUUGAUAGAUGUUGUAUAGAAUUUUAGUCAUUGUUCAAGAGAUCCAUCUUUGGUAGAAUUUUUAUAUUUCAAACAUCAAUGUUUAGGAUAUUGUCAUAGAGAAAAGAUAGCAUAAGAAGAUAUCUCGUGGUAUAGGUCGUUUAUGCUCCAAAUUUCAAGCCGAUUUUUGUUAACUCAAGCCGACUACUGUCUAUUAUUACCUUUUUGCCGGGUGGGAGUGUAAGAACGGCAAAGUAUGAAAAACUACCAGCGUCACAUAGUUUCACCAAAAAGAACUACUUGGAUUAUCGGCUUGAGUUAGCAUUGAAAAUUGGAACAUAAAAGCCCUCCCUAUAUCAUGGGAUAUCUACUGGUGCCAUAUUGUAUCUUUGAUAUUGUAUAGAAGUGAUCAAUUGGAAAUCUGUAUUUUAAAUACUGACUUGCAAGGUAUCAAUAUUUGUAAGUACAUAGAUUCUGAAAAAUAGCAUAAAUGUGUAUUAUAUUGAUGUCAUACUAAUCUACGUUCAAGACACUAUUACUGUUGGUGACAGAUUUUAUCUGUAGUAACUACAGUAGGUAUUUGUAACUUUUCUCAAAUAUUGAUGUUCAUAAUAUUGAUAUCAAUGUUUUCUAAGGUUUGGCGUUGAUGAAAUUGUAUGUUUGUAAUCACGUUUUUAAUAUAUUGAUAAUAAUUUCAAGAGACUGCUUUAAACUAUGAUGAGAUUCACUUUUAACUGUCAGCAUAUAUUCAAUUGGAUGCAUUGAUGCUAUUUAUGAGGAAUUCUGACAGUUUGGAGAGAAUGAGCAUGGUUCAGAUGAGGUCGUUCCCCAUAAGACUAGCUUCACACACAUUCGGUUUCAUUCUGUUCGGUUCGGUUCGUUGCCGAAAACGAAUGAGGCUUUCAUACAUUAUCAGGUUUCAAUUCGUACGGUUCUAAUUAGGUAUUUUCUUCUCAAACACAGCUGUGUUUGGAUUUUUAUAAUUCAUGCUGGUAAUAAAAUAUAAAAAAGCUGGUGUUGAAAUAAUAGUAAGAUGUGAUUUCUUUAACAACAAAAUUUUCAAUUUAAUUAUAAAUUAUGAACUAUUUGAAUAGUUUAUUUUUGAUUAUAUUAAUUUUGGACGUCCAGAGUGAUAAUUUUUUGAAUUAAAAAUUUGUUUCAAUUUUGACACAUGGUACUUAACGAUAAUCUCUUCUCUCCAUUAAUAAAAUCAUGUAAUUUUCAUGGAAAAAAAUUAAAAUUCCCCCAGAGUUUUAAUUUAUCUUCAUAAUUUUUUUAGAAAACUAUUUAUUGAGAAAAAAUGCUCCAGUGAACUAACUAAGAAAUGAAUUGGCCAUAUGAUUUUGACAUGGAAGAUUUUUGAACAGAUAAUCACGAUAUCAGGUUAAAAUAAAAACAAAAAAAGCGAGCGUGUGUAAAAGACUUAUAUUUAAGUCUUUCUAGACCUUUUUUUGUACAAUAGACUUUUAUUUCCGGUUUCCUAGCAACGAAUA